CUGCCAAGGCAGCGAUUGGACUGGGCUUGUUAUGCCAACGAGAUAUCGUAUAAAGUUGAUCUGCAACCCCCCAACACCUUAUUUUCCUCGUAAACAAGCUUCUUUCAACGACAUCUCUUCAACUUCAACACAAAGAUAACCUACACUUUCAAACUUGCACAACAAACAAACAAACAAACAAACAACAUCAUGGGUCUUUUCUGGUCAAAGGGAGUCGGUGGUCGCCAUUUCGGCACCAGUGUUCAUGUUGACAAGCAUGGCGUCCGACGGGGCCCUUGGCGAUUCUCUCUCGGAAAGUUCAGCUGCUUCCGUCGCUAAGUAGUUAGUCGCUUGGCUGCACCUAAGCAAUCUUCUGACGGAACAACAAACGUCUUGACGGCGCUGGAACGAUGACACGACAAUAAUGGAUUCUUAGGAGUUUUGGGUCGGAUGAGGGAUAAGUAUUAGAUUAUUCCUCCUAAUACAACUUGACUUUUCACAAAAUUGAUC